AUGGCCAGGCACGACUCGCUUUCAAAGUUGGGCGGAACGUGGGAAGCAUCGUUUGCGAAUUUUCCCUGGCAUCGCCAUCAGACGGACGACUCUUUCCACCCAAACGGCAGCGACGAAGAAAGUGGAGAUGAGAGCGACGACGGGGACGCGUCCACCGCGUAUGAAGACGGCGACACCAACGAGAGUGGUGAAGGCGACGGUAUUGGGGUCAGCCAGGGAGGUGAACGAGACAGCGUCAGUGAGAAAGGAAAGGAUCCCGAGUCGUAUGAGGUGGUUGGGCUACCUUUGCUGGCUAUGUUGGCUCGGAAAGCCCCAUCCUGGUGGCUGUCGAAUGGACCUGCCCUCCUGCUACAGGUGUCGUGCAUGGGCGCCUUUCAUUGUGUAGCACCCAGAACGGCCACGAAAUUUGGCCUUCUCUCUGUCCUGGUUCCUUCAACAGCUGCAGGCAUCGCACAGCUGCAUGGAGGGAAGGGCAUUCCAAGGCUUCCAGUGCCAUUGCGGUUUCUGGGAUGUGUUGGGAAGGGUUUGUCUGCCUCUACCCUCCCUGUAUGUGUAUUCUUCGGUUUGAGGCUGUUGCUCAAAUUGUUGCCUCGAGCUGGCCAGCGGCGGCGUGAUGCGGCACAAGGGCAUGAUGCUCUUCAUCAGAGGGCAAGAGAAUUGAGUUUUUUGGAUGCAGGGCUCCCCAAUCCAAGAGGCCUGCAAGCAGCUUUGCAGGAGGCAAACCCACAGAAUGCACUCGACUAUGCCCGUGUGUGCGAGCCAUUCCUGAACAACCUUCACUUUAUGCUGGAUUGGGAGCAGAUUAGCCGAUGCCCCCGUUUUGCAUCUCGCUUUGAUGACACCCAUGCGGAGCUCAUGCGCUAUGCAUGGACAGCUGGACUUACUAAUGCGGCGACACAAGAGGCCGCAGAAGAGGCAUUGGCACUCGCUGCCGAGCGAAUCAAGACCACCCUGCUGUGGACGCACUCGUACUCAUUCUACUCCUUGAAAGAAUUGAGAACAGAUUGGAGCCGUCUGAUGAAGUUCACCAAACGCACAAGUUCUGGACACCCUGUGCUGUGCAUAAAGCUUGGGAAAGGGCUGCGUGAGUGCUCGGGGCCAGAUGCGACUCUUCUGGGAACGGCAAUCGUGUCACAGGUAGACCGCGGUGUCCGCAGGCUCCUAGACAACAAAGGUGCUGAUCAGAUUGUGGCAGUGGUGGACUGCAGUGGCGCUGGUCUGUUUCAAGUUCUGCGAUUGUUGUCACUGAUUAAGGGCGUUGCAGCAACACUGACUCAGCACUACCCUGGACGAUUGAGGUCCCUGCACCUUGUCAAUGUGCCCACACUGUUGUACUGGGUGGUCCAUGCUGCAAGGCAGUGUCUUCAUCCAGCUACUUUCAGCAAGCUCCAUGUGUAUGGCUCACAUAUGUCAUCUCUGCCGCCUGAGCUUCGGGAUGCCAUGGCGCCACUGGAAAGUGGGCCCUCGCAGGUUUUGGAUGACUCAAGCAGUGGAUCUCAGAUGAGCACCUCGCCUUCCAGAAAGCCAGGGUCUGGUUCAGGAGCACGGGUGGCUCGUGGACUGCCAGAGUUUCCCCCCCCUGCUGCGGCAGAGAAGGAUGGCAGGGCUGGAUCCGACGACGUGUCUGCAAUGGUGGGUUUGUUCUGGGCUUUGCUUCUGUGUAUGUUCACAUUUAUGCUCCUUCAGUAUGUCGGUGGUCCGGAAUCACAGCAGUUCGAUGAUUUCAACCGAUUUCCACUUUCUGUGGAAGACGAUUUGUAG